AUGGGUGGUUUCUCUGCUGGUGAUUCUAAGAAGGGUGCCAACCUCUUCAAGACCCGUUGCGCUCAGUGCCACACCCUGAAGGAGGGUGAGGGCAACAAGGUCGGCCCUGCUCUGCACGGUCUCUUUGGCCGCAAGUCCGGUCAGGUUGAGGGUUUCUCCUACACCGACGCCAACAAGCAGAAGGGUGUCACAUGGGACGAGAAGUCGCUCUUUGACUACCUUGAGAACCCCAAGAAGUACAUUCCCGGAACCAAGAUGGCUUUCGGUGGCCUGAAGAAGGAGAAGGACCGAAACGACCUCAUCACCUUCUUGAAGGAGUCUACUGCUUAA